GUCAAGCUCCUUGGUACGGCGACAUUCGUAUGCUGUGUGAUUCAAGUCUGCGGUUGGAUUCUCUUGGCGACAGGGGUAAACAACUAUAAUCAAAUGAAAAAGAGGCUCAGAUAGAGAUACACAAAUUGUCAAAAUGGCGGCUGAUUUGAGGCAACAGUUUGAACUAUUACAAGAACAGAAGAAGCAAAAAUUGCUGAGAAGAAAUGACAAAAUGCGGCAAAGUUCUAAAAGCAAUUCAGCCCAAGGGAUAAACAAAUCGCAAAAUUAUACAGAACCAGAUUAUACCGAUAGCUUGCAAUUAGACGAUAAUUUAAAGUUAGAGGAUAUUUUUAAUAAUCAGCUGGCUUUACAAGACAAUUCAGAUUCAGAGGACAUGGGAGAAACUAUAAGAGAGCUAAAAGAUGAAAAUGGAAGGCUCCAUAAACUCCUGGGAGAAAAAGAUGAAGAGAUGAAAAUUUUCAAAAGGAGAUGGCAAAAUGAAAAGAAAGACCUAACUGGACAGAAUAUUGGCUCAGAAAAUGUUGCCCAAAAAAUUAUAGAACUUUCUAAAAAGAACAGAGAACUCAAUGUUGAAGUUGAAAGUGGUAAGACUAAGUGUAGGCAGAUGCAGAACGAGGUCAAUAAGCUUGAAACUAAGUUGAGAAAGUUGUCAGCUAAACCAAAACAAUUCUCUAAAGCAGAAGAGGAAGGAAGUGAUGGGUCAAAGAAUGUUAACAAGGUAGCAGAACUUGAAGGCAAAGUCACGCAGUUGACAUCUAAAGUUUUUGAAUAUAGAAACCAAGUAGAAUCACAGAAGAAAGAGCUGAAAAUAGCACAUAAGGUUUUGACAAAUGAGAUUGGAGAAGAUGUUGAUAUUCAAAAACUCCUAAAUUCUGAAAGCAAUUGGCGAGGAAGACAACAGCAAAUUUUGAAUUUGCAGAACAAGGUCUCCGAUUUGCAGAGAAAACUAGUACAGUCAACUAGGUCUUCUUCUAGAGAUGGCAACAUGUCUGCGUUAUCUGCGAUGAGCUAUCAAAGUCCACUUGCAACCUCGAUGCACGAUGAAAAGAUACGAUUGACAAUAAAGAAGAUUGAACAAGAACGUAAAGAUAACCAACAGAAAUUGCAAGUCGAAUUAGAAGUUCUACAAAAGGAAUACACACGUCUGAAAGAAAAGCACGAUGCUGCGAAGACGCGGAGUCAAGUUUUGAGUAAAGAAUUAAAGAGUGCGAAGGCGCAAGUUAAUACUUUAACAGAAAAGGGGAAACACGACGACGAACUUGUGUCUGCUUUGUUGAGGGAACAAGAGUAUCUGAAAAACUUAAAUGUGAAGUUGUCGAAAGAAAAGGAAGAAAUGGAAUCACAUUCUAACAGUCGCGUUAUUAAAGUCAAACAGGAUUUAGAAAUAAAUGAAGAGCUGAAGAGACAAAUUGAAGAACAAGAAAAUAAAGUGAGGGAUCUCGAAAAUGAACUCGAAAGCUUGAAACAGAUAAAAUUACGCGAAAAAGAAAGGGCAAAGAAUGACGAUUUAGAGCAAAGGCCAAUAAGCAAGUCAAAACCAUCCUUUAUUCCAACACCUCCUACGUCAGCAGACAGAAGAAAUGGAUACGUUAAUAGAUUCAGGAGAGCAACAAGUGCUUCAAGUGAAACUGAUACGUCAAAACUCCAAGAGAUACGAACGAUGCUGCAGGCUGUAGAAGUAGAGAGAGAUAGACUGAUAGAGCUUGUUGAUGUUUUACAGAAAAGACUUGAUUCUGCUGGGGAAGAGUAUAUAUUGCGUGAAAAUAAAGUCAUUGAAUUGAGAAAAACAAAUGUAAAAUUAGAAAAACAAGUAGAGCGUCUGAGAGUUUCCAACAAAUUGCAGACGGGCUCAGUUAAAAACAGGCCAACCAGUCGGGCAGGGAAAAAAAGCACAAAGGAAAAAUCAGCGGAGGAAAUGCUAGAGGAGUUGGAAGAACUGCGGGCAAGGCUUGAGAUUCAAAUAGACGAAAAUGAAGCUAUCAAAGACGCACUGGAGUCAACACUGAGAGCGAAAAAUGAGGACUUGAAAAUUUAUCAAGAAAUGGCUGAACAGACAAAAUACAUAUAUUUGCAAGGAUUAAAGCAAAUCAAGCAGGCUGCAUCGUCAUGAAAAUGUUGGUUUGUUCCUUAAUUCAUUUUUUUUGUUAUAUGUUGUAUGAUUGAUCUUACGCUUUAUUUCUUUAAUUAGUCUUUAAAUACACAGUAGCUAACCCUGUCAUUUCAUCCUUGUAAAUAGAUCUUUGUAUCUUUUAAUUAGCACAUAAUCGAUUAGACAUGAAUUGACAUUAGAUUUGAAGAUAGUUGACAGUUCAGGCCUGCAUGUGUUUCUUAUUUUGUAAGUCAAGCUUUUCUGUACUGACAGACUGAUCAAACUUACCGUAAAAAUCGAUAAAAAAUCAAUGCUUUUUCCUGCUCCCGUCAAGCUAUUUCAUUUCAACUAAUCUUCUACUUCUUCGCUGCCAAACAAAAAACAAUGUAUGAUUGGUCUCGAAAGUUGCCUAUUUUAUUGGUGAAAUUAAUCCAUAAUUCCUAAAACUUGAUGUUUUACUUUAAGAAGGGGACGUUUAUUCCUCUUCUCGGCAAACUUAAGUUGAUGAUAUUUUAGCCAAUGUUUAAAAAUAUAUAAAGCUUGUACACAAUAUUUGAGUAUUAAAUAUCUAAAAUAUGUAAAGGAAUCAUAUUGUAUUUAUUGAUAGCACGUCUUAUUAUAUUGACGUAAGACCAUAACAAUUAGCUGUUAAAUUUAAUUGUAAAAUGCUUGCUACGAUCAACACGUUUGACUUAAACGAAUCAUAAGAUAAAUGCAAUAAAACACUGAAAAAUUUGAACGAAUUUAGAUUAUUUAAAAUGAUUUUGAGCUGUUAAAUUAUUUUGAAACGAUUAAGAGCCGGCUUUCAAGCUACAUGCACAAACUUGUGCAUUGAGGUUAUAAAACCUAUAAGCAUAAUUUAUGCUUACGUAUUUCUCAUCGAUGAUGGAGAACAUUUGUUUGAAGACCGUUUCUGUUCUACUGACAAGUUUCCGUUAUCCAGUAAACAACUUGUUUUCUCUGUCACACAGCAAGCUAUCGCAGCAAUGACGUGGAAAUAUUCCUCUUAAUCUAAGAUUGAAAUUAAUAUGAGUAAUAUCUCCUUGUAUGCUGAGAGGCUUAAUAGCAGGUGCAGUAUUUCAUUAUUUGCAGCCAAAUGAGCGUGGCAGCUAGAUAAAUAUUUUUAAGCGAGUAGUAACAUCUUUAGGCACGCGGCACUGAUUGUGUUUGCGUUUUUCUGAUUUGUCUAUUUUGAUCCACGACUGGGUAUAUAUUUUUCAUCGUGUUCUUUCGGACCCUUAUUCUGACGUUUUUUGCUCUGAGAAGUAUUAGACGAAAAAGCUUUUAGCCAAUAUGUUGUAAAAUGUUUGUUUUUUUCAAAGCCAUUUUCAAGUUCUGUACCGCCAAAAAAUUGUUCAUCAAGGAUUGUGUAAAAAGUCAGUUAAGGUCUAACUGU